AUGGGGAUAGUUUUUCUCUUUAUUCGAGAUGGUCGUGGUACUCCUUUCCUCAAUUUUCUUGCGGGUAGUACAUGGAUACAUGGGGUAAUUCGAAGAAAUAGAGAUUGA